AUGCCGUCGCACAAGACCUUCAGGAUCAAGAAGAAGCUGGCGAAGAAGAUGAGGCAGAACCGACCCAUUCCUCACUGGAUCCGCAUGAGGACCGACAACACCAUCAGGUACAAUGCUAAGCGCAGGCACUGGCGCCGUACCAAGCUCGGGUUUUGA